CUUCUCCUCCUCUCCCCACCUCCUCCGCCGCUCUCUUCGUUUCCCCGCACCCCGGCCGGUGGCUGCGGGUGUAAAGGUCGGUCCGUGGGUCCGUUUGUUGUUCUGUCUGUCCGGCAGUCGGUCCGGCGGCGCCGCUCGCUGCCUGCCGGCCCCAUGCCCCUCGCUUAGCACCUCCCGCCCCGGCCAUGUCCGCCGCGCAGCUCUACACCAAGUACACUCGGGUUUGGAUUCCUGACCCUGAUGAAGUUUGGAGAUCUGCAGAAAUUAUCAAGGAUUACAAAGAGGGAGAUAAAAUCCUCCAUCUGAAGCUCGAAGAUGAAACCCUCUAUGAGUAUCCUCUUGACCUCCAAGGAAACGAGCUGCCUUUCCUACGGAACCCAGACAUCCUGGUGGGAGAGAAUGACCUGACAGCCCUGAGCUACCUGCAUGAGCCUGCAGUCCUCCACAACCUCAAAGUCAGGUUCCUGGAGUCCAACCACAUCUACACCUACUGUGGUAUUGUCCUCGUUGCCAUCAAUCCAUACGAGCAGCUGCCAAUCUAUGAGCAAGAUGUCAUCUAUGCCUACAGUGGCCAAAAUGGGGGGGACAUGGAUCCCCACAUCUUUGCAGUGGCUGAGGAGGCCUACAAGCAGAUGGCCAGGGAUGAGAAGAACCAGUCCAUCAUUGUCAGUGGGGAGUCAGGUGCUGGCAAGACAGUCUCUGCCAAGUAUGCCAUGCGCUUCUUCGCAACCGUUGGUGGCUCUGCCAGUGAGACCAACAUUGAAGCCAAAGUCCUUGCAUCAAGCCCAAUUAUGGAGGCAAUUGGGAAUGCCAAGACCACACGGAAUGACAACAGCAGCCGCUUCGGGAAGUACAUUCAGAUCGGCUUCGAUAAGAAGUACCACAUCAUUGGGGCCAACAUGAGGACCUACCUCUUGGAGAAGUCCAGAGUUGUGUUCCAGGCAGAGGAUGAACGGAACUACCACAUCUUCUACCAACUUUGUGCCUCAGCAAGUCUUCCAGAAUUCAAAGACCUUGGACUAACAUGUGCUGAAGACUUUUUCUACACUUCUCAGGGAGGUGACACAUCAAUUGAUGGUGUGGAUGAUGCUGAUGACUUUGAGAAAACCAGGCAUGCCUUCACUUUGCUAGGAGUGAAGGAGUCUCACCAGACAGCCAUUUUUAGGAUAAUUGCUGCCAUCCUGCACCUGGGGAACUUGGAAAUCCACGCAGAACGAGACGGUGAAUCCUGCAGCGUCUCGGACAAAGAUGAGCACUUGAACAACUUCUGUGGCUUGCUGGGGGUGGAGCACAGCCAGAUGCAACACUGGCUUUGCCACCGUAAGCUGAUCACCACAGCUGAGACCUAUGUGAAGAACAUGUCUGUGCAGCAAGUGGUCAAUGCCAGGAAUGCCCUGGCCAAGCACAUCUAUGCCCAGCUCUUCAACUGGAUUGUGCAGCACAUCAACAAGGCCCUGCACACCACCAGCAAGCAGCACUCCUUCAUUGGGGUGCUGGAUAUCUAUGGGUUUGAAACUUUUGAAGUGAACAGCUUUGAACAGUUCUGUAUCAACUAUGCCAAUGAGAAGCUCCAGCAGCAGUUCAACUCGCAUGUGUUUAAGCUGGAACAAGAAGAGUACAUGAAGGAAGAAAUCCCUUGGACUCUCAUAGACUUUUAUGAUAACCAGCCCUGCAUAGACCUGAUAGAGGCAAAACUUGGUAUCCUGGACCUGCUGGAUGAGGAGUGCAAGGUUCCCAAAGGCACUGACCAGACUUGGGCUCAGAAGCUCUAUGACCGCCACGCCUGCAGCCACCACUUCCAGAAGCCUCGCAUGUCCAACACCUCCUUCAUCAUCCUCCACUUUGCUGAUAAGGUGGAAUACCAGAGUGAGGGAUUUCUGGAGAAGAACAGGGACACUGUGUAUGAGGAACAGAUCAACAUCCUCAAAGCCAGCAAGUAUCAAAUGGUGGCAGACUUAUUCCAGGAUGAGAAGGAUGCUGCAUCCACCAGUUCUGUGGGAAAGGGAUCAUCCAAAAUCAGCGUCCGUUCUGCCAGACCUGUGAUCAAAGCUGCCAACAAAGAGCACAAGAAGACAGUGGGACACCAGUUCCGUAACUCCCUGCAUUUGCUCAUGGAGACCCUGAAUGCCACCACCCCCCACUACGUGCGCUGCAUCAAGCCAAAUGAUGAGAAGCUUCCCUUUAAAUUUGACCCCAGGAGAGCAGUUCAGCAGCUGAGAGCUUGUGGAGUGCUGGAGACCAUCCGUAUAAGUGCUGCUGGCUUCCCCUCCAGGUGGUCCUACCAUGACUUCUUCAAUAGGUAUCGUGUUCUUAUGAAAAAGAGAGACCUCUCAAAGACUGACAAGAAGCAGAUCUGUCAGACCCUCUUGGAAGACCUCAUUAAGGAUCCAGACAAGUUCCAGUUUGGACGUACCAAGAUCUUUUUCCGUGCAGGCCAGGUGGCAUAUCUGGAGAAACUCCGUGCAGAUAAAUUCAGAGCUGCCACAAUCAUGAUCCAGAAAACUGUGAGGGGCUGGCUCCAGAGGGUCAAGUACCAAAGGCUGAGAGAAGCUGCACUCAUCAUCCAGCGCCACACACGGGGGCACCUGGCGAGGAGACUUGCUGAGCACCUGAGGAGGACAAGAGCUGCCAUCAUCUUCCAGAAGCAGUACCGGAUGCUGCGGAUCCGCCGAGCUUUCCAGAGGGUCCGCGGUGCCACCAUCACUAUUCAGGCUUUUGCUCGGGGCAUGUUUGUCAGGAGGAUUUAUCACAAGAUCCUCCUGGAGCACAAAGCCACCAUCCUCCAGAAGCACACCCGGGGCUGGCUGGCCCGCACCCGCUUCCGACGGCUCCGUGGUGCCGCCCUUGUCCUGCAGUGCUCCUACCGGCGCAUGAAGGCCAGGCAGGAGCUGAAGGCUCUGAAGAUUGAGGCCCGUUCAGCCCAGCACCUGAAGAAGCUCAACAUUGGCAUGGAGAACAAGGUGGUCCAGCUUCAAAGGAAGAUUGAUGAGCAGAACAAAGAAUACAAGCUCCUGAAUGAGCAGCUCUCUACCCUUGCCUCUGCCCACUCCUCUGAGGUGGAAAAGCUCAAGAAAGAACUUGUACAAUAUCAGCAGAGCCAGCGGGGUGAAGGCAACCAGCUUGUCAGCUUGCAAGAAGAGAUGGAGGACCUCAGGCUGGAGCUGGAGAAAGCUCGUGGGGAGAGGAAGGUCGUGGAAGACAGCUACAUCAAGGAGAAAGAUCUGCUGAGGAAACGUAUCUCUGACUUGGAAGAGGAAAAUACUCUCCUGAAGCAGGAGAAAGAGGAGCUGAACAGCAGGAUCCUGUGUCAGUCUGAAGAUGAAUUUGCCCAAAACACACUUGAGGAAAAUAUCCAGAUAAAAAAGGAACUGGAAGAGGAAAGGUCUCGUUACCAGAACCUGGUAAAAGAGUAUUCAAGGCUGGAGCAGAGAUACGACAACUUGAGGGAUGAAAUGACAAUUAUAAAGCAAACACCAGGCCACAGGAGGAACCCAUCCAACCAGAGCAGCUUGGAGUCUGAUUCCAAUUAUCCAUCCAUCUCCACCUCUGAGAUAGGAGACACUGAGGACGUGAUACAAGAAGUGGAGGAGGUGGGGAUGGAGAAAGCAGCCAUGGACAUGACCCUCUUCCUCAAGCUCCAGAAGAGAGUCAGGGAGCUUGAGCAGGAGAGGAAGAAGCUGCAAACCCAGCUGGAGAAAAAGGAGCAAGAGAGCAAGAAAUCCCAGGUAAAUGAAACAAAGACUGAAGUGACUUCAGACCAUGAAGAUUUUGCAUAUAACAGCCUGAAGAGGCAAGAGCUGGAGUCAGAGAACAAGAAGCUAAAAAAUGAACUGAAUGAGCUGAGGAAGGCUGUAGCAGACAGAGCAACCCAGAAUAAUUCAUCCAAUGAUAUUCAAGAGAGUUACAACCUCUUACUGAACCAGCUGAAAUCAGCCAACGAGGAGCUGGAAGUGAGAAAAGAAGAGGUGCUCAUCCUGAGGACACAGAUAAUGAAGGCAGCCCAGCAAAAAGAGACAGGGAAAAACAUGGAGAAGAUCAGCACCAAUGCCAGCUGGCCAAACAGUGACAAGCACAUUGAUCAGGAGGAUGCAAUUGAAGCCUACCAGGGGAUGUGUGAGACCAACAGGCUGCUGGAAGCCCAGCUCCAGGAUCAGAGGAGAGAGCAUGAGGAGGAGUUAGAAGCUCUGAAAAAUCAAGUGGAUGAACUGCAAGAAGAGAUGGAGAAACAGCACCAGGCUUUCCUGCAGACCCUGCAGCUCUCUCCUGAGGUCCAGGUGGAGUUUGGACUUCAACAAGAAAUUACACGACUCACCAAUGAAAACCUGGAUCUUAAAGAAUUGCUGGAAAAGUUGGAAAAGAAUGAAAGGAAGCUGAAGAAACAGUUGAAGAUUUACAUGAAGAGGGUCCAAGAUUUUGAAGCAUCCCAAGCCCCAGCCCCAGCAGAGAGGAGGUGGCACGAGCGUAGCAUGCAAGCUGCUGUCCAGAGGAAGGAGAAGGAUUUUCAGGGAAUGUUGGAAUAUCACAAAGAAGAUGAACCACUCCUCAUCCGAAACCUCAUCACAGAUCUCAAGCCCCAGACAGUGUCUGCUACAGUUCCCUGCCUUCCUGCCUACAUCCUCUACAUGUGCAUCAGGCAUGCAGAUUACAUCAAUGAUGACCAGAAAGUGCACUCCUUGCUCACCUCCACCAUCAAUGGGGUUAAGAAAGUCCUGAAGAAACACAGUGAAGAUUUUGAGAUGACCUCGUUUUGGUUGGCCAACACCUGUCGCCUCCUGCACUGCCUGAAGCAGUACAGUGGGGACCUGGGUUUCAUGACACAAAACACACCAAAGCAGAACGAGCACUGCCUGAAGAACUUUGACCUGACCGAGUACCGCCAGGUCCUCAGCCACCUCUCCAUCCAGAUCUACCAGCAGCUCAUCAAGAUAGCAGAGGCCAUCCUCCACCCCAUGAUUGUGUCUGCAGUGCUGGAAAACGAGAGUAUCCAAGGACUUUCAGGUGUCAGACCCAUGGGCUACAGGAAUCGUUUCUCCAGCAUGGCAAAUGGCGACAGCUGCUACACCUUGGACUCCAUCAUUCGCCAGCUCAACACCUUCCACAGCAUCAUGAGUGACCAUGGGCUGGACCCAGAGAUUGUGCAGCAGGUCUUCAAGCAGCUCUUCUACAUGAUCAAUGCUGUGGCCCUCAAUAAUCUCUUGCUGAGGAAGGAUGUCUGCUCCUGGAGUACGGGAAUGCAGCUGAGGUUUAACAUCAGCCAGCUGGAGGAAUGGCUGCGUGGCAAGAACCUGCAGCAGAGUGGAGCAGCACAAACCUUGGAGCCCUUGAUUCAGGCUGCUCAGCUCCUGCAGCUGAAAAAGAAAACCUCAGAAGAUGCUGAGGCCAUCUGCUCCUUGUGCACCUCCCUGACAACACAGCAGAUUGUGAAGAUACUGAACCUCUACACUCCUGUGAAUGAGUUUGAAGAACGUGUGACAGUUGCUUUCAUCCGAGACAUCCAGAUGCACUUGCAAGAACGAAAUGACCCUCCACAGCUGCUCUUAGACUUCAAGCACAUGUUCCCUGUGAUGUUUCCCUUCAACCCAUCCUCCAUAACCAUGGACUUGAUUCACCUCCCUGCUUCUCUCAACUUGGAGUUUCUCAAUAGAGUCUGAAGGAAGUCCAGUGAAGCCCACCCACCCAGAAACCUCCAGCAAAGAAAAGAAAAAUGGUGAAAGGAAAUAAAUAUGGACCAAAGAGGUUUCUGGAAGAACCAAUACACCGAAAUAAAUGGAUGCUAAACUGCGCAGUUAAAAAAAGAGACUGAUCUGUAUGUGAUUUUGGGGUUUUGGGGGGUAAUUUGCAGCUCAGAAAUAAGGAUACUUGAAAUGUAGAUUUAUUUUUUACUCUAUCAUUUGCUGUUGCCAUAGUUCAAAGCCCAGAACCACUACCAGGGAAGAAUGGUGAGUGGGAGACAAUUUCCUUUCAUCUUCAGUGGUGUCGAUGAAGAAAUAACAGUUAAAUCAAAAGCAAAAUCUGAGUCACUGAGGCUGCCU